AUGCCAAAAUUCUCGUCCAAUUCGAAUAGUAUGGAGAAUAAUCAAGAACCGCCAUCAUCCGCCAGGACACUCCGGUCGUCCUCGGUUAAGUCGGGCUCUAAGAAGCUAGAGAAAACUAUAUCGGUAGUGCCCAGCUCCACGCCCAGUGCCCGGGCAGCUCAUCUGCAAGUAGAAAUAAAGCUGCUUGAGAAUGAAAAGACAAUGCGAGAGCAAGCGUUGCACUCACAAGAAGCGCUGGAGAGGAAAACGACGGAAGAAACCCUUCGUCGACUUGAGGAAAAGAAGGCACUUAUGGAAGAAGAGGCCAACAUCCGGCAGAGACAGCUGCAGGAAGAGAAAAUCUUUCAGAUGAAGCAACAGCAAAUUCGACAGGAGUCGCUGGAGAAAAUGCAGUCCAUUAUUCGACAAAUGAGUGAGUGUGGCAGCAAGACUGGAUCGGUUCACGAUUCCAAUCAAAAGGUGUCCGGCUGGCUGAACGAGAUUCAUUCCGAUGUAGUCGAUACCGAAUCGGAAAGCGGAAGAGCCGACCCUCUACCGGAACUGAAACCACCGGUUCUAGUCAUGCAUCACCUGAAUCCUGACUGUGCAAACCCUUCAGAUCAAUCGCCGACUCCGUCAACUCCGCCCGGACUACCGAACCCAAUCGAUCAAGCUUCUAAUUGUACGGCACAGGCCAGACUACCGUUAACUACGCCUAGCGUUUCGAUACCGUUGGGAUCAUCACCGUUACCAAAAAGCCAGCUGCCAAUAUCGGAGGCUCUGCCGGGAAUUUCAAAGUCACCGAGACAACAACCGGUCUCUACUAAACCUCCGAUUCCGCGACAAUCGCCGGACAAUCCGAGCCUGAGCGAUCAACCAGCCACUAUGACGGAUAAACCAUGCCUACCGAUGCAGUCUCAACGACAACGGAACCCCCCUAAUGUUCCGAAUGCAACGGAACCGCAGAGACUUCCUCAGCCACCUGACUACCCAGUUCCGGGUGCUCCGAAUCCAUAG